AUUUUCACAUGUUCAAAUGUUUCUAGAUUGAAAAAAAGGAUCUCUCUAGACAAUGUCACAUGUUUCUUUUUUACUCCAAUAUUAAAAUUGGUGAGAAAUAGACAUGUAUAUAUCUACCUAAAUAUGUAAGCUAGACUUUCACAAUAGAAAGAACCCAAGCUACAAUCUGGUUUUGCUGAGAAUGGAGGACAACUACCAGAUUCAAAUCCCAAAGGUUCAACUGGGGAGUCAGGGAUUAGAGGUUUCUAGAUUGGGUUUUGGAUGUGGGGGACUAUCUGGAAUAUACAAAGCUCCUCCUCUCUCUCAUGAAGCUGGGUGUACUGUGAUAAAGGAAGCAUUUAAUAGGGGCAUCACCUUCUUUGACACUUCAGAUCUUUAUGGUCAUAAUCAUGAUAAUGAAAUCAUGGUUGGGAAGGCUUUGAAACAGCUUCCUCGAGAAAAGGUUCAAUUGGCUACAAAAUUCGGCAUUUUCAAGUCGGAUGACUUUCAACUCGGGAUAAAUGGGAGCCCGGAAUAUGUAAGAGCAUGCUGUGAAGCUAGUCUAAAGCGGCUAGAUGUUGACUACAUUGAUCUGUACUACCAGCACCGUGUCGAUGUUUCAGUGGCAAUUGAGGAUACUAUGGGGGAGCUUAAGAAGUUGGUAAAUGAAGGAAAGAUAAUGUACAUUGGUCUAUCAGAAGCUAGUAUAGACACAAUAAUGAGGGCUCAUGCUGUUCAUCCCAUCACUGCUGUGCAAAUGGAAUAUUCUAUUUGGACUCGUGAUAUUGAAGAUGAGAUUAUUCCACUUUGCCGAAAGCUUGGAAUUGGGAUAGUGUCAUAUAGUCCCCUCGGUCGUGGGUUCUUCGGUGGGAAGGCAGUUCUAGAGAGCUUGCCUGCAGAAAGUUGGUUGACUACUCAUCCAAGGUUCAAUGGCGAGAAUUUGGAAAAGAACAAACUUUUCUAUAACAAACUUGUCAACGUUGCUGCCAAGCAUUCGUGCACUGCUCCUCAAUUAGCUCUGGCAUGGCUUCUCCACCAGGGCAAUGACAUAAUCCCAAUCCCCGGGACUACUAAAGUCAAGAACCUUGAUACCAAUGUUGGAUCAGUAAAUGUGAAGCUUACCGAAGAGGAUUUGAGAGAAAUUUCUGAUGCUGUGCCCAUUGACGAAGUCAGGGGCAACAGAGAAUUUGAACUUUUCUCAAAAUUUAUGUGGAACAAUGCAAAUACUCCAUCAAAGUAAUUGGAAGUCAGCUGAUAUCGGUUCUUUCGUGUA